AUGACUCGAUCGCGUUCAAUACCGCUGUCUGGGUCGCGCGCACCUGCGCUCUUCGCUGUUCUAGUUCUGGCCACCCUCUACACAGCAUCGUUCGUGAGCAGUGCUUCGAUUCAGGCAGCAACGGGUGGCCACGUUCAACCACCAGAUUCAUUGCUCGUUCGGUCACAGGCCUCGGUACACACUAGCUUCGACUCGAUCCUGCCACGACAUGGAGACCACGAAGAUGAAGCUGCUGCCGAAGGAGACGACCAUCAGCAAAGCAUGGAUCACGACAUGCCCAUGUCCGUUCAGCACGCAGAACCGGCAAGCGACGGUCUCAAGCAUGGAGGACAUCACGGCCACGAUCACGGUCACGCACAUGCUCAUCAGGAUGUGUCUGCUGACGGUCCAUCACCAGCAUCAAUCCCUGACGCUACUCUUGCCGGCUCUGAGCUGCGAGAUCUUCCAGUUUGGCACACACACAAGGGCCACAGCCACUCACACUCUGGUCCGGUCCUUGAGCAGCUGAACGAGACGCUUCUCUUUCGAGCCCACGGUCCGGACCCGCUCAGCUACAUCGAGUGGGACUCUGCCUAUGGUCUUGGCUCUGCCGCACAGCUGCGACGUUUUGUCUCCAACGCGGAUAUCUUGGCAGGGAAACCCAUGAUGGGUGUAGUCGACGACCGAUGGAGAAAGCUUCUCGACGAGCAGGAUGCAGGGCAACGACAGGAGAUUGCUGCCGACAUUGCGUCUCGUCUACCGGAUGCAGAUGACGAGGGACCAUCUCGGUAUCGGGGUCUUUUGAUCCUUCACGUUGUGACUGCCGUCGUCAGCUGCUUCGUGUUGCUGCCUAUGGCUCUCGUGCUUCGCGCUGCUCAUUCCACUUUGGCACCUUUUAUCUCCCUUCUCUACCUCGCCCUUCUUGCAGGCUCCAUGCUCGUCUCGGUCGCGUACAAAGCGCUGACUCCACGUCUCUACCCGGACAAUGCACACGGCUCGAUGGGCUGGGCCAUCUUAUGGAUCUCUCUAAUCACUCUAGGUAGCGACGUAUUCCGCCUUGCUGGUCAGAUUUGGUCCAUAAUCACGGCUAUGGGCUCGCAGAAACGAUCAAAGGGAACGUUGUGGCUUGAGGCGGACGGUGGUGCCUCGAUGCGGGUGAGCCGGUCUUGGAGAGAUGUCGUGGCGACCAUGCUGGGUCGAAACCAGCAUCAAUCUCGUUCCGUCGAAAGCUAUGACGCACUGGAAGAGGAAGCCAUGCUUUCCGAGGAAGCACAAAGUCACGCCCAGGAGCUUGACAUCGAAAAGCACAUGCAACACCGCUUCUCAUCGAGGCGCAGUCCGAGCAGCUCUCGUUCUCACUCUGGAUCCGGUUCUCCUCAUAGAGUGCACUUCCAAGACAACGUGCAUAGCGAACCUGUCCAAUGGGUCGGUAGCGGUAGCACAGCAGUCAGCAGUGCUGGUGGCCAGCCUCGGCACGCACACUUCAGCGAAGAUGGCAACGUCAUGGUCGCUUCGCCCACCACCACUGCCUGCAACACACCGCGCAACUCUAUCUUUGGUGGCGAUUCGACGUCCCGACCUCCACUUAGCCUGACAACGAUCUCGCUCUGGAACAAGCAGACUCACAGUGAUCACACGUCUUGGUCGCAAGAUGGCCCUGCCGAUGCAGCCGCAGUGCCUGCUUCGGGCAACAAGUCUCGCUCAUGCCGAUUGAGCACCUUUCGCACGGUAAUGCGCUACACACGUGUUGUCGCAGCUCGUUCGUUGCCCGUCUUGGCCUUUGCUACAUCGUACGCGGGCCUAGCCGUCUACACAGGUUCGUGCCGUGGCGGGUACAAGAAUGUGUGCUUGGCCCACGGCAUCAAGGGAGGCAUCUUCUUCUGGUUCGGUCUGCUUACUUUUGCACGCUACCUCGGAGCCUAUGCAGACUGUGGAUGGGCAUGGAACAAGCGACCCAGUGGACAGGCAGCCAGGAACAGCAGCGGUGGACGAGCGACGUGGCGUCGUAGGAUGCCGAGCGCCGAAUUUGUCGAGUGCCUCGUCAUCUUCAUCUACGGCGCCAGCAAUACGUGGAUGGAGCGAUUCGGCGCUGCUCCAGACGAUCCGUAUACCAUCAAGCAGAUUCAGCACAUUUCGAUCGCCGUCAUGUUUUGGUUCGCGGGUCUAAUGGGGAUGCUGCUGGAAACCAAGUGGAUCAGAGAUAUGCUCUCGUUCCCGAUCGUACAUAACCAUGUGGCCGCAGUUUCUUUGCGGGAGGCUCGAAGGCGACACCGUCGUAUCGCGAACGCGCAUCAAGAUGGAGUCGAUGUCGACUUGGAGCUUAUGGUGGAAGCGCAAACGCAACCAGCAUCCUACUCUGCCUCUUUCAACCCAUUCCCUGCGCUUGUCAUCGGGGUCACGGGGGUGGCGAUGGCUGCCCACCACCAGGACUACCAGUACGAGGUGGACAUCCAUUCUUUGUGGGGUCUGCUUCUUGCUGGAUUCGCACUGCUGCGAUGCCUCACGUACUUUUUGCUCUGGCUUCGACCGCCGACGGCCUCGGUGUUGCCCUCUCGUCCGCCUACCGAAGCCUUGGCUGCGUUCUCGCUGUGCUGCGGCGGGCUUGUGUUCAUGCUAAGCAGCGAAGAGGUCUCUUUUGCAGCGAUGCGUAGCGGCUACGGCGACUUUAUGGCUAUCCUCAACGUAGCUGUAGCUGUGGUGGCAUUGCUGUUCUGCUGGACGACGACGCUCAUGAUGCUCAAAGGUUGGGCGGUACGCGUCGAGGUGAGGCGUACAUUGGUGCAGCAGGAAGAGGAGCAGAUGUCGGAUCGAGUCCCGAAUGCUCUUGGUCUUGAAGCCACCACUGCUGGAGGAGAGCGAGAGCCGAGACAUAUGCGGGCUAAAGUGGUCUCAGAGCACGUCGAUCCAGUCGGUGAGGCUGAGCCCGUGUUUGUGCUCGAAGACGACGAGGAUGGGACGGACGACAAGGACGAUCAACACCAACAAUCCACGAGCCGUGUAUCUUCACACGUCAUCUGA